CGAUACAGUCAGGAUGGCUACAGGUGACCCCAAGAAGCCAAAGGGCAAGAUGUCUGCCUAUGCCUUCUUUGUGCAGACUUGCAGAGAAGAACAUAAGAAGAAAAACCCAGAGGUCCCUGUCAAUUUUGCAGAGUUUUCCAAGAAGUGCUCUGAGAGGUGGAAGACAAUGUCCAGCAAGGAAAAGUCCAAGUUUGAUGAAAUGGCGAAGGCGGAUAAAGUGUGCUAUGAUCAAGAAAUGAAAGAUUAUGGACCAGCUAAAGGAGGCAAGAAGAAAGAGGACCCCAAUGCCCCCAAAAGACCACUGUCUAGAUUUUUCUUAUUCUGUUCGGAAUUCCACCCCAAGAUCAAGUCUACAAACCCUUGGUGUACAGUCUGA